UGACCCGGGUCUGGGUCUGGGUCUGGAUGGUGGAAAGCUGUUUUGAUCCCUUCAGGAAAGUGAAUCUGGGAUAGUGACGACACUUCCCCCUCUCUCUAUUCUUGGAUUUAUCCCCGAAGUUUUUUCCUCGCCUCUCGCCUCCAGGGCGCUGUGAAGUCAACUUUUCUCGCUCUUUUUCCAGCUUAAAGUAAAAAAUAAAAACACCACCAUGUCGCCGCCGUCUCGACGGCUUCAGACGAAGCCAGUGAUUACCUGCCUGAAGACUUUCCUCAUCUCCUACAGCCUCAUAUUCUGGUUCACAGGUGUGAUCCUGCUGGCCGUCGGGGUGUGGGGGAAGGUGAGCCUGGAGGCCUAUCUCUCCCUGGCCUCUGAGGAGAGCACCAAUGCACCAUAUGUCCUCAUCGGGACUGGAGCCACCAUCGUUAUUUUCGGACUGUUCGGUUGCUUCGCUACAUGCCGCGGCAGCCCAUGGAUGCUCAAACUGUAUGCCAUGUUUUUGACCUUGGUGUUCCUGGCUGAGCUUGUGGCCGGUGUCUCGGGCUUUAUCUUCAGACAUGAGAUCAAGGCCAAGUUAGGCGUUGCCUAUAAAAACGCUGUGAAGUCCUACAAUAGCACAGACAGCAGCAGCAGCAGCAGCAAUGCAGUUGACGCCAUCCAGAGGACUUUGCAUUGCUGCGGGGUGACAAAUUACACCGACUGGAGUGAAACAGCUUACUUUAAACAGAAUGGCAUCCCUGUCAGCUGCUGUAAAGUCAACACCAACUGCACACCGGAGACUCUGAAAGACCUCAGCAAGGCUGCGAAAGAGGUGUACGCAAUGGGCUGCUUCGCAAGUGUGACCAAUACGAUGGAGGCCAACCUGGGAAUCAUCGCUGGGAUCUCUUUUGGGAUUGCGUUCUUCCAGCUCAUUGGGAUCUUCCUGUCCUGCUGCUUGUCUCGAUACAUAACCAACAACCAGUAUGAGAUGGUCUAACAGUGACUUUCCACAGUCCGUCUUUGCAGGUUACUGACGUGCAGCUCCUGAUGCAAACUGAGUUGAAAGAAUCUCCUGUGAUUUUUAAUAUUGUGUUUUGUGUUAGUUGAUAUUAUUCUAGAGAGGGAAAAACACUCUUCUUUCUUUUAUUCAGUCUCACCAAUGACAAACGAGCAGAAGGGAAUAAUGUUAAAGGGACGUUAUCUGCGUUGUAGUUUGACCAAAAACAAAAAGGGACCUGAACAUUUCGGAGCUCAUUCGUUACUCCUGGGAUUUAAUUAGGGAUUUUCAUUAAGCAUAGAUGUCAUUGCAUAGAUGUUGCUGCUCUCAUUUGAGUUACCAAUUGUCAACAUUUCUAUUUGUUGUGUCUUUGAAAAUUGCAGCUGCCUUAUUUUGUAAUUUUGCUAAAUUAGUCUGUAGCUGAGCAGAUUAAAUCUAGACAAUAAGCUGAUAAAUGUUAAACUUCUCUGCAACGCUAAGUGAAUUUCUGUGUGAAACCCGUAAACGCCUGAGAGAUGGACGAGAGGUCGCCACCCUGAAAUCAAGCAUGUGUCAUUUACUGUAAAAUGAGCCUUACUGAUUCUGUAGGUCAGUAUUGUUGAAAGCCUGCAUUCAUGUGUGCCAACUACAGUCGUCCAGUCAACUUCAUAUCAUAGUUUUCAGUGUUAAAUUGUUAUUCUUUUGUGGAUGCAUGUGAAAUACUUGGAAAAGAAAAAUAAAGAUGAAGUCCAGUAUCUUUAA